AGUCCAAGGUCUGGUUCAAUUGAGACCCGUCUAUAUAAACGAAGCUCAUCUUCCACCUCCGGCCGUCCUUCCAGAAGAUCGGAAGCGGAGGAGAAGAGGAGAAGAAGAAGGGUGAGAAUGGGUCUCAAGGAGGAGUUUGAAGAAUAUGCUGAGAAAGCUAAAGCUCUACCUGAAAAUACUACCAACGAGAACAAACUGAUCCUCUAUGGGCUUUACAAGCAAGCGACUGUUGGACCAGUGAAUACUAGUCGACCUGGCAUGUUCAAUAUGAAGGACAGAGCCAAGUGGGAUGCCUGGAAGGCUGUUGAAGGGAAAUCAAAGGAGGAAGCCAUGAGCGGCUACAUCACCAAGGUGAAGCAAUUGCAGGAAGAAGCUGCUGCAGCUUCCUGAACCAGUCUCUGAUGCUGCUCGAGGAAAUGACUGCUACUUGCUCCCCUGUGGUAUCAGCUAGACCAUUGGUUAUCUAGUUUGAAGUUUGAAUCAUGCAAUAUGAUGUACAAGCCGUGUGUGAAUGAAUUUCCUUUGUCCCUAAUAAUGGAUGAUGCUUCCUGAUCAUAAUCUUACUAUUUAUGUUCUGCAUUAGCGCUGCAUAACUUUUCUACAAGACAUCUCUCAGCUUAUAUUGUGGACUCAGUGAAAUAUUUCUUUCACUCGGUAUCAGAAUUGAAGUA